AUGAAGUCAGUCUUGAACAGGAAAAGAAAUGGCAAAACAGUCUGCUUGCCAGGGACAAUUCGGUGUAAAGUCGGAGAAAUGUGUAAAGUCGGAGUCCCGAAGUUGAAUACGAUAGUCACUAGAAAAGAAUGGGACCUUAGAAAGUUAGAGUCGAUGAAGUCAUUUAGAAGUCAGUCAAUUUCAAGAGAUAGUCUAAGAACUAAGGAAAGUUCGAUUCGUAGUCAAAUGUUUGAAAAUUUUAGAUUGAAGUCGAAGGAUGCAUCAGAACAGACGAGACAGUUCCAGCGCGACGUUACGAGGACCAAUGAAGUUAAGAAGACCUGA